AUGGCCGGGCGCCGAGCUGAUGAAUCAAGGUCCUAUCGCUCCGGCGAUUCAGCACGAGGUCGCAACCCGCCUCCGCCCCGCCGCGAGGAGCGAGAGCGGUACGACCGCCGAGACGACCGCCGUGAGGAGCGUCGGGUCAAAUAUGACGGUGACAGGUACGACCGCCGCGACACCCGCGACCGCGACUCGUAUGCCCCGUCACGUCGCUCGAGGUCGCCGGAUCGCCACCGCCGCCCCGACCGCGAGCGCUCCAGAGAUCGAGGCCGCUAUCCUGACGACCGCCAUCGUGAAGAUAGAGCCCGGCACGACCGUGAUAGAGACCGUGCACAUGACAGGGACAGGGACGACCGCAGGCGCGAUCGACGAGACGCAUACGAUGGAGACCGCCGGCGGACCUCAUUCUCGUCCGCUGCAUCCCCGCGAGAUCGGGACAUGAAGUUCCGCUCUCGUGACAGAUCUGAAGAACGCCUCUCUCCUGAAGAAAAGCAGAAGCGCGAAGAGGAGAAGCUGGCAAAGGAGAAGGAGGAACAGCAGAAGGCACGGCAAGCCAAAGUCGAAGCGUGGAAAAAGAAGAAGGCAGAGGAAUUGGCAACCAAGGCAGCUGUCAUAGCCUCUCCAUCCACUACUGCGCCCUCCACACCAGCGCCGGGUUCCACACCCGCUACGGGCCAGGUGACUCCGGAACCUGUCAAGGCUAAGUCUGUCUCUAAGGGCCCCGCUGAGAAGUCCAUGCAGAAGCAGAAGUCAGGAUUCACGCUCGACGGCCAGGUCAAGGUCAACCCACUGACUACCAAGGUUCCCGUCCCAUGCAAGGAAGCCGUAAACGGAAACGCUGACUCGGGUGUGCCCCCCUUCUCUCCUGCAUUCAAGAACCCUAUGCUCACCGGCCAAGAUCGCGUUACAGCCCCACCACUAAAAGCCAGUGGCAACAUCAGCUCCUUUGGACUCAAGGCGAAGCCCGCCACAGAUAGCAAAGCCUCCAAGAACGCUCUCCUUGAUGACGACGACGAUACGAGCAAGCGGACCCUUCAACAGUUGCCCGACUUCGACCCCAAAGACGAACCAACGUUCGAAGGGGAUGACACAGCUAUGGAUGACAUUGAAGGAAGCGACGACGAGGACGCUAAUGCUCAGGCUCAGGCUCAACUUGAGAAACGUCGCGAGGAGCUGGCAAACGAGGACACGGCUAUGAAUGACGCCCCCCCUGCCGUCGAUGAAGCAGAUGUCAAAAUGGCUGAUAACGAUGCAGCUAGUGCCGAGGAAGAUGACGUUGAUCCUCUUGACGCUUUUAUGGCUGGUCUCGAACCUGGUGCUGAAGCUAGGGGCUUGCACGGCCAGACUAUGUUCGAAGACGACAACGAGCUGACAAUGGACGCUGUUCAGUCGGAGGAUAUUCUUGCAAUCGCUGCAGCCAAGAAGAAGAAGCGUGAAAUGAAAACUGUCAAUCACGCCGAGAUCACAUAUGAACCAUUUAGAAAGAGCUUCUACUCAGAACCCGCAGAAGUUACGUUGAUGGAUGAGGAUGAGGUUGCCAAUCUGCGGUUCGAGCUCGACGGCAUAAAAGUCACACCUGACGACGCUCCAAGGCCUGUCACUAAAUUUGCUCAGAUGGGUCUUCUCCAACAAACUCUGGAUGUCUUUGCGAAUCUGGGUUAUGACAGACCCACCGCUAUUCAAUGUCAGGCAAUUCCCAUUGCCGAAUCAGGUCUGGACAUGAUUGGAGUCGCCAAGACCGGAUCAGGCAAGACCAUUGCGUUCGGUAUUCCCCUUAUUCGUCACAUCCUCGACCAGCCACACCUGAAAACUGGUGAGGGCCCCAUUGUUCUCAUUUUGGCACCGACCCGCGAACUUGCCGUUCAGAUUGUCAGAGAAUUGAAACCCUUCCUCAAGGCCUCCGAUCUCAAAGCUGCGUGUGCCUAUGGCGGUGCUCCGAUCAAGGACCAGAUUGCAGAAAUCAAACGGGGUGGCAUUCAUGUUCUCUGUGCAACCCCCGGUCGAUUGAUUGAUCUUCUCCAAAGCAACUCGGGUCGUGUUCUUAAUUUCAGGCGGGUCACCUAUGUCAUACUUGAUGAGGCGGACCGCAUGUUUGACAUGGGCUUUGAACCACAGGUCAUGAAGAUCAUGGCACAAAUUCGUCCUGAUCGCCAGACCGCUCUUUUUUCCGCUACUUUUCCGAAGACCAUGGCUGCUUUGGCCAGGAAGAUCCUUACACAUCCUGUUGAGGUCAUCAUUGGUGGUAAGAGUGUCGUCGCCCCAGAAAUCAAACAAAUUGUUACGAUCGUCCCACCCAACCCAGAAGAGAAGAUGAAGCAGUUGCUUCUUCAACUCGGUAAGCUCUUCGAUGAACACGAAGAAGAUGAUGCUCGCGCUUUGAUCUUUGUUGAAAAGCAGACUGCCGCCGAGGACCUCCUCCCAAAAAUCACUAAGCGUGGUUAUCCCUGUAACACAAUCCAUGGCAAGAAGGACCAGUCUGAUCGAACGGAUGCUAUCAACGACUUCAAGAACGGUGCCCUGCCUGUACUGAUUGCAACUUCUGUUGCUGCUAGAGGAUUGGACGUUCCGCAGCUCAAACUCGUAAUCAACUACGAUUGCCCCUCUCACCUGGAAGAUUACGUCCAUCGGUGUGGGAGAACAGGACGUGCCGGUAAUACUGGCACUGCUGUCACGCUGAUUGAACUACCAGGGCAGGAGCGUUUUGCUCAUCAUCUUGUUAAAGCCUUGAAGGAAAGUAACCAGACGGUUCCGGAUGACCUGCUCAAGGUGGAGGCAACAUUCCACAAGAAAAUUGCAGCUGGUGAAGAGAAGGCUUAUGGCGGUUUUGGUGGCAAAGGGCUCGAGCGCAUCGAUGAAAAGCGGAACAAAGAGAGGCGGCGUGAGAAGCAAGCCUUUAAGGCUGGUGACGACGCGGAUGAGAGUGAGGAUGAGGAAUUGGAAAUUCCUACUGUCAAAAAGAACGUUGCUGAGGCAACAAAACCCGCCACACCUGCUGCCGUUGCGACUCCAGUCGCAAUGGAGGAAGAAAAACCAGCCUGGAUGAAGCUCCUCGAAGGCAAAAUUAUUGUCAACAAAACCGAACGUCCAUCAGACAAUAUGUCGAAACCUCUCACUGCCAUGGAGAAAGUUAAGAUGGCUUCUCAAGCUGUCAAUAGUCGUUUAAGUAAGAAGGGCAUGAUUCAUCACGGCCAACCAAUCGACAACAAAGGCCCCGAUGCCGGAGCGUAUCACUCAACAAUCGAAAUCAACGACUUCCCACAGAAGGCUCGUUGGGCUGUUACCAACCGCACCAACGUUGCUAAGAUUCUCGAGGCAACCGGUACCUCCAUCACGACGAAGGGCACGUACUACCCGGCAGGAAAGCAGCCGGGAGAGGGCGAUUUACCGAAGCUCUACAUCCUUGUCGAGGGUGACACUGAAACGGUUGUAACUUCCGCUAUGAUGGAGCUCACUCGUCUUCUCAAAGAAGGCACCAUGGCGACAGACGAUGCACCAGCCCGAGGAGCAACGGGUCGUUACAGCGUCGUCUGA